CAGUCUCGGGCAGGCUAUUUCGGGUUCUCUUGAAUUGUUUAUAGAUAAUGUUAUGAUGACUCAUUUUGUACUGGAAACAUGGUACCGAUGGGGGUCAAGGUCAACUGAUGGCGUGAAGUCAAACAAAGUUUACCCAAAAGUUAUGUAAGCAUCUAAUCGGCAUGCACGGAACCGUCGGAACUACGCUUCCUUUUUUUUGAAGAAGAAGGGUAUUCUUGUUAGUGAAAUCUGUGGAUUAUACUUUCUGUGUGUUUCCUUAGGUAAUUAUAGUUAGAUUCGUCGGCGUCUUUCAGUGAUGAGCGAUGCGGAGAUCAUGUAAAGCUUUUCUUAUUCUCGCCAGAGAACGGAAAGCUUUUAAUUACAACUUGUUCAUUCUUUGUUGCAUUUCUCUGUUCUUCAUUUCUUGUGCUCUUUCCCAGAAAGACAGAUCAGAGAUCUUGGAUCGUAAAAUAUGUCUGCCAGAUGCCGGGAUGGGAUUCAUGAAAGUGUUUCUUCCUGGAGCUGAAUGUCCGUCUGUGGAUAUUGGUUGUUACUCUGCUGAUUGGAACGACACGAGGGUCUCUGGCAAUCAAAAGAGAUGUGAAGGAGAUGAUGUUACAUUAGUCAAAGAGCACAAUCUUAAUCUCAGUGGAACUGUGUUGGUAAAGGAUACACCAAAGAAUGAUAGGUUGGUCCGUGAUGUGCCACUUGGUUUUGAUGAAUUUAAAAAUAAAGCGAUUAAUCCUAGGGGAAAGCCUGCUGUGCAUCAAGCUGGAAGCAUUAAAUACAGAGUAGAGCCCGGUGGGAAGGAGUAUAAUUUUGCGUCUGCCUCUAAGGGGGCUAAGCUCUUGGCUGCAAACAAGGAAGCAAAGGGGGCACCUAACAUCUUGGGCAAAGACAUGGACAAAUACCUUCGCAAUCCUUGCUCAGCUGAGGAGAAAUUUGUGGUCAUAGAACUUUCUGAAGAAACUUUAGUAGAUACCAUUGAAACAGCAAAUCUUGAGCAUCAUUCCUCCAACUUGAGGGAAUUUGAGGUACUUGGUAGUUUGGUUUAUCCAACUGAUUCAUGGAUGUUGCUUGGGAAUUUUACUGCUAAAAACAUAAAACAAUCUCAGAGAUUCCUUCUUAAAGAGCAUAAGUGGGUGCGCUAUCUGAAAUUAAAUUUCCUUAGCCACUAUGGCUCAGAGUUUUACUGCACACUCAAUACUGUGCAAGUAUAUGGAGUUGAUGCUGUUGAGCACAUGCUAGAGGAUUUGGUCUCUGUUCAAGGCAGCUUCCUUUCAUCGGAGGAAUCAGCUGAUGUACCAAAAGCAAUUCCUUCACAGAUGUCACAUUCUCAAACUGAUGGUCAGUAUGAAAAUCUUGUUAAGGAAGGUGACAUCACACCUGGUCCUGAUGACUCUGCACCAAAACUAGAUGCUUCUGUAAAUGAUGUGGGUGAUCAUGUUGGAGACUUGCGGCAGCAUCCCAUGGGAAAAUUGCCUGGGGAUUCUGCUAUCAAGAUAUUGAUGCAAAAGGUGCGAGCAUUGGAUUUGAAUUUGUCUGUCUUGGAGCGAUACCUGGAAGAAUUGAACUCAAGGUAUCGAAACAUCUUCACAGAUUUUGAGAAAGAAAUUGCAGCAAAGAAUGAUCUACUAAGAAAGAUGAACACAGAUGUGAUGAAUCUUGGUGAUAAGAACAACGUAAUUGGGAAGCAAGUUGAAGAUAUCAUGUCUUGGAAAUCGACCGUUUCAUUGCAAAUAGAUAUAUUAAACAGAGAAAAUGCAAUUUUGAGGUUGAAGGUGGAAAGAAUAUUGGAAAAUCAGGAACACAUGGAAAAUAAGGAGAUCCUUGUGCUUCUUAUAAGCUUGGUUUGUACUGUCUUUGCAACUUUUAAACUAUUUGCAGAUAUGACUAGUGUAUGUAGAAGAAAACAAGACUUGUGGAUAUUUUGUCAGACUAAUAUUUCCUGGAUUUUUGCACUCUUAUGUUCUAGCAGUAUAGGAAUUAUUCUUUUCUUGUAAAAGCAGAAGUUAUGCCAUCUAAUUUUUGUUCCUCAAUAUAGAUGUGAGAGAGAUCUGAUCACCCAAACACUAUCAAUAGUCAUUAUGUCGAAAUUUCAUCAUGUCAAUACAUACAUUUGAUUUUGAUUUUA